CAAAAACGCAAUAACGUCAGAGAAAGGGAGCUAGUGUACACCGCAGCGAGGACACAGUCGGAAUAUACCCUCCCUCUGUCAACAUUUCCAAAGGGUCUAUUUGUUGUUUCUCUGUCAGCUUUUGUCUUUAACUCGCGCCACCAUCACUUUGAUGUGCAUCGCCGCUGAAUGAGCGUCGUGUUCCCCUCCUCCUGCUGCACUCUCUCUACUCUGUUUGCCGCUGUUCCUACUUCCACACAGACGUUCUGCAGUGGACCCUGGGGGUGCAGGAGAGCCACUGGGAUCUGUCGCCACAGACAUGAACCGUUCCGCGCGUCACGGGAGCUCUGCGGCGGGACGGCAGCAGGUGUGGACCGGGCGGACCGGGAGUCCGGUGGGGGACGGCAAGGCGGGCGGCCCGGCCGCAGGUGGUGUCCAGGGAGGGCUGUCCAGAGGUGCGCAAGACGGUGACGCUGGCCCCGGUCCUCCUCAGCUUCACCAGGUCCGCAGUGAGCGGCUCCUGGAAGGCGUGCUCAGGAAAUACACAAACCUGCUCCAAGGCUGGCAGAACAGGUACUUUGUGUUGAACCAGGAGAGGAGUCACCUCCUCUACUUCCUGAAUGAGUCCUGCCGUAGCCAGCGGCCACCCCGGGGGUCCCUGCCGCUCCUAGGCGCCUCGGUGGUCUCCUGUGAGGAGUUCCCCUUCAUGUUCACCGUCUUCUCCGUCAACGGGGACGUCUACAAGCUCAGAGCCUCCGAUGCUCAGGAGCAGCGGCUCUGGAUGACUCAGCUGCAGCUGUGCUCCCGACGCAUCUCUGACACCAACGACAAGGUGAUGAACCAGGUGGCAGGUCAGCAGAAGAACCUGGUGAACUCCAUUGAAUCCCUGCCCCCCCGCGGGGGACCCCUCUCCUCUCUGGAUGAGGACCUGCUGCUCCUGAAGGCUACGUCGGCGGCCACCCUCAGCUGCCUGGGGGAUUGUCUCAGCAUGCUGCAGCAUAAUGUGGCCCAGGCCCUCACCACCCAGCACCCCAGCCCUCACCACAACCACAACCAGAACCACGUCCCCAUCCCUGUCCUGGUUCCGGUCGCGGCCCCCACCCCCACCCCCACAGGGGGAGCAGCAGGUGGAGCCGGGCCGGGCCAGGUCGUGGAGCCAGAGCCCCGGUCACAGCUUCAGCGGCAGCCGCAGCCCCAAGCAGGGCCCGAGCGGGGCCGCCAGCGCUCGCAGAGAGCCCUGGGAGUGGGGACCCCUGUUCCCCCAUAG